AUGUCCCUCAUCUGCUCUAUUCUAUGUAGUCGAUUUUUUCGUCGGCACCAGAAAGCUCUAACAAUCAAUCUGUUGAUCAUCUGUUUCCUCAUUUGCUAUACACUCAUUGGUGGCUUCAUCUUUCUCCAUUUCGAAUAUAACUAUGCACAGUAUAUAAAGCAGAAUGACACAUUAUCCAAACGACGUUGUAUUGAACACUUAUUGACUGGAAAUCGCAAUUUACGGAACGUUCGUGAUUCGGAUUUUGCUCGAACUAUAGCUGAAAGAUGUUUAACAGAACAGGAGAGUGAUCCUCGUCUCGAGUGGUCUUAUAAGACAGCUGCCCUGUAUGGUUUUGGAAUUCUCACCACGCUAGGGUAUGGCAAAGUUGAGCCAAGAACCUACAAUGGCAGAAUUUUCACAGUCAUUUAUGGGUUUUUCGGAAUUCCUCUGACAGUCAUAUUACUCACGAAUAUUGGAAGAUAUUUAGAAGCUGCAGCUAUUGGCAUAAAAAGUUGUUUCAAGAGAAAGAGGAAUGAAGAAGCCUGUGUUAGUGGUUCAAUGCUUUUCUGCAUUGUUGUCCUCUACCUGGUAAUCGGAGCUAUUGGAGUGCCUUUACUACAGGGCAAUUUUGAUUUCUUCAAUGGUCUCUACUUUGCGUUCAUAUGUCUUACGGCUAUUGAAUAUGGAGAUUUAGUUCCAGACAAUAAUUGGUACAUUCCGCUCAUUAUCAUGUAUGUAUGCAUAGGAUUAGCAAUUUCAACCAUAGCUCUAGAUAUUGGUUCGCUCUAUGUAAGGAAGUUGCAUUACAUUGGCCGUAAGUUGAAGAACAUCGCAAAUAUACGGAUAUGGUUCGGAUCAAAGAACUUGGAAGUCCGGGAACUUAUUACCGCCGUCGGUCAAAAUAUUGGUUUAGACCAGACAAUUAUAGCUGAUUUGGAUAUUGAUAACUUAGUCGAGACGGCUAUACAAGUCAAGCUAGGAAGACUAGCCAGAGUUCCUCAAACUCACAUGAUAGUCGAAGGGAUCUGGCCUCCGGAACUGGUGCCACUGUUCAUGAAAGACGGUCAGUUCCCGAUGUUUGUGGAUUCGGAGGACGACCUGCUGGAGCCUCGACCAAAAAAGACAGUAGUACGAUUUGAGGAUGAAAUGACGUACGAAACCUCCGAUGAUACAAUUCAAUCCUCGGUGAGUAAUCUUCCUAGCUCGCGUCUCUCACUGCCAGUUGUGCCUCCUCAUGGAGUGCAUGGCUUUAUUUCACCAACUCAGACAACUGUUAGAGUUGUACCCCUACCUGUGCCAUUCCUUCGAACUCCUGAAAGCCGAAGUUCCUCUACUUCAGAUGAUGACGAUACCACAGUUCCUAUUAGUGCUUUGCACUCAUUCUCAGAUUCUUAA